ACCAGUAUGUGGAUCAACUGGCGUAAUUAAAAUGAGUAAAUUAACAACAAUUAGUAUGCAGCUGAUGGAUUCCAUCUUAGCUAGCUAGAUUCUCCGAUCCCUGAAACAAAUCGGCAGCACUGGACAGAUCAUGCAUUGCAUGUAUAUAUAUGACCAACCAUUUCAGCUAACGAGUAGCUAUCCAGCAUAUGUUUGCUAGUUUCAGUUCAGUGAUCGAGUGAGCGAGCUAUAGUAAUUAAGGCCUUAAGUGAGGAGUGAUUAAUUGCAGUUGAUAUGGGGCACAGUGGUGGCGUUGAGGCUGCGUGCAGAGUGCUACCCAUCAUCGACGAGGAGUCGGAGUCGGAAAUGGACGAGGGGUCGCCGGAGAGGAAGGUCGUCGACGACCGCCGGAAGGCCAUCGUGUCCAGGAUGAGGGAGCUGCUCCGGCGAGCGGCCGCUCAGUCGUCGGCGCAGUCCAAGCUCCGGUCCACCGUGCUUGUCAGUGCCAAGAAAUGGAAGAGGGUGGUGGUGAGCCUGCAGAACAGCAGGAGGAAGCAGGAGCAGCAGCAGCAGCAACUGACGACGACGAGCCGGCAGAGCGACGGCGGCAUGAGCUCGUCGCCGGUCUCCAGCAAGAGCGACAGCUUCAGCUGGGACAUCGCCACAGCAGAGAGCUGCUCGUCCUCGCCAGCGCAGUCGCCGCUGUGGCCGGCGGCGCUGCGUCAGUUCUCACCGUCGCCGGCGACGAAGCACGGCAUGAGGCUCCGGCGAGACAGCUCGGGGUCAGCAGCUGACGAUGACAGGAUGAGCAGCAUGUCGUGCAGUGGCAGCCCGGAUGACGACGACUAUGGCGGCAGCAGCAGGCUGUGUCAGUGGAUCACCACGGAUUCUGACUUUGUGGUUUUGGAGCUGUAGAAGUUGAGAUGGCGCGAGUUCUUUGGUGGAAACCGGUCAGAGAUGUGGGCUGAAAUGGAAGGAAAGCAGCCCAGUAAUCUGAAUUCUGAAAGUCCUGUUCAUCGGAGAAAUUCAGAGAUGAGGCCAACGUUAUCAUGCGAGCUUCAGAGCUGUCUCAUUGUCUGUGUACAUGUGUGUCUGUGUGUCUGAGAGUUUAGCACUGCAGUUACAUCUCUUCCAUUGGCAAACCCAGAUGAUAUUUUUGGUGCCAAA